CUCUUCAGCAAGUUCUCAAACUUCCAAAAGCCAGUUGUGUUUUUCCCCUCUCCCCCCCUUUCUUUCCCCUUCCCCAUCGUAGAGCUGUGCUCUAUCGAUUAAUUCACUUUCACUAAUACACCAAAAAAUCAAAUCACGGUAGCUUGCUGGUCUCGCUAUCCCCCCCAAAUUCACACUCACAUACCCCAUAAAGCACUAACUGGUUUUUGCUUGCUCGACUCGCCGUCUUACGCGCCAAUUUACAUUCUUCUUAAGAUUCGUUUUCAGUUUCGUUUUCAGCAUUACCCCUUAAUCAGUCAACAUGUCCGCCAUUCAGCUUUCGUUCUCUCUCCGUGUUUCUUCUGGCGUCAAGACCGUCCAUCUUCUUGGUUCCUGGGACAACUACGCCGGCCAGCUCCCCCUUUCCAAGGACAAGACCUCCUCCAAGUCUGGCUCGUGGAAGGGCACCUUCCGCUUCCAGCCCGCUCUUGUCCAGCCCGGCCAGCGCUACUGGUACUACUACAUCAUCGAUGGCUACCACGUUUCCCACAACCCUUCCGAGGAGUUCACCGUUGAGCCCACCACCGGCCGCUCUCUGAACAUCCUCGACGUUCCCAAGUCUUCUUCCUCCUCCAAGAGCUCUUCUCGCCACUCCCGCGACUCCGUCAAGUCCUCCAUGCGCGAGUCCCUCUCCGUCGACAUCCCCAAGGGUCGCCCUCUCUCCAUCUCCCAGAUCAAGGCUCCCAAGCCCAUGUCUCCCCACGCCACCCGUCACAUCCUCGAUGCCGACUACAACAUCGACGAGCUCUCCACCCGCUUCGCCUCUGCCGGCAUCUACGACGAGUACGAUGAGGACGUCAUCACCGACUUCGACAUGCGCUCCUCCCCCGUCUCCUCCACCGGCUCUUCCGUCAGCUACCGCUCCGACAGCUCCAGCCCCAGCUCCUCUCUCUCCGGCUACUCCACUCCCGCUUCGGACUGCUCCAGCUGCAUCUGCGAGCGCUACGGCAUCACCCGCAAGGGCGAGCGUGUCCGUCUCGACUGCGGUGGCUCGCGCUGCGGCUAUGAGGACUCCUGCUCCUCUGAGGAUGAGGAUAACUACGUUGAGCGCAGCUCUCGCCGCAACGGCAUCGUCGUCCGUGCUUAAGUGGCUUCGCCCCUGCCUCGGGUGAGGAAUUCAAAGAAGACUCCAUCCUCCACGACUUUUGGAAGGGAACUCAAGUAGGAACGUUUGUGUGUUGUGUGCAGCCCGGCCUUGUUAGUGCCAUUAAUUUGCCACCCACUGUCCCAUACUCCCAAUCCGGUCAACCAAGAAGACAUAUCGACGUCCCAGUCUCGAUUCCAGCACUCCGAUGUUUGCGCCUAGUUCGCCAUCCCGUCGCUCGGAAUUCGAUGAGAGAUAAAUACGGUCCGAUCACGCUCACUUUCAGUUGUUGAAUAGCGACUGCAGCGAGAAAAAGUGUCAGGCGACUCAGCUCUCCAAGUGACUGAAGUAUGUUGAAGUCAAGGUUUCUGUCCCCUUGCGCGCAAGCCCAACCGGCUGGUCCCUCGGGUUCGCGUCGAGGCACAGACCUCAUUCAUCAUUACAUUUUGUCGCUUACUCGACACUUUUUCUUCUGCCCAAGUGCUUUCCCACUAUUGUGGUUAAUGCUGCGGCCCCUCACUCCACGCAUGCUUGCUUGCAAGUGUGUGUGUUCCUGUGAAGUCGAUAAAGAAAACUUUUUCUUGAGAUGUAUUUUGCGUGUUUUACCAACACCAAACUUUAUUCGUCAAGCCUCGGAGUACUUGGCCCCACUGGUUGGUGGUUCAAGUCCAGCUUCGGGAUAUAAUAUUUCACCUUUGUCAAUGAUGACACUUCUCCUGGUUUCGUCGGAGGAGCAAAGCCUACUUAUUUCUGUCAAUCUUGUGGCAAUUGAACUGGAUGGUUCUUGGAAAGUUCAAAACUGGCUACUCAACUUUGUAUGACUUAUGAAGAUCAUGAAAACUCAACAAAAAAAAAGGAGGAACUGGGAUUCAAAAUCGUGGAGGAAGAAAACUGGCAGAUAAGUUGAAUAGCAUAAUUUGCUGCAGAGGCCAGAGUAGGAUAGAUACCGCUAUGAAAUCUAUGCCUCGGGAAUUGAUGAUUAUAACUUUGCUC